CUCUCUGCGCCGCCGCCGUCAUCACCGCCACCGCCACCGCCACCGGCUGAGUCUGCAGUCCUCGAGGUGAGGCCCGGAUCGGGCCGCAUCCCCCUUCCUCGCCGCGUCCACUCCCCGCUGUCCUGGGCUUGGCCCGCCGGGCCGGUGACGCUGCAUACCUGCCUGUCACCUGCCUUCCCCAGCACCCUCCAUCCCGGGCCUUCCCGGACAGCUCCCGGCUUUCUGGCGCUUACCUCCUCCAGGUUGAGGAGAUUCCAACCAUCAUCAUGUCUAUAGAGAAGAUCUGGGCCCGAGAGAUCUUGGACUCCCGUGGGAAUCCCACCGUGGAAGUGGAUCUCUAUACUGCCAAAGGUCUUUUCCGGGCUGCAGUCCCCAGUGGAGCCUCCACUGGCAUCUAUGAGGCCCUGGAGCUAAGAGAUGGAGACAAACAGCGUUACUUAGGCAAAGGUGUCCUGAAGGCAGUGGACCACAUCAACACCACCAUUGCACCAGCCCUCAUCAGCUCAGGUCUCUCCGUGGUGGAGCAAGAGAAACUGGACAACCUGAUGCUGGAGUUGGAUGGGACUGAGAACAAAUCCAAGUUUGGGGCCAAUGCCAUCCUGGGUGUGUCUCUGGCCGUGUGUAAGGCUGGGGCAGCCGAGAGGGACUUGCCCCUCUACCGCCACAUCGCUCAGCUGGCUGGGAACUCAGACCUCAUCUUGCCUGUGCCGGCCUUUAAUGUGAUCAAUGGUGGUUCUCAUGCUGGGAACAAGUUGGCCAUGCAGGAGUUCAUGAUCCUCCCAGUGGGUGCUGAGAGCUUCCGGGAUGCCAUGCGACUUGGGGCAGAGGUGUACCACACACUCAAGGGGGUCAUCAAGGACAAGUACGGCAAGGACGCCACUAACGUGGGGGAUGAAGGUGGCUUUGCUCCCAACAUCCUGGAGAACAGUGAAGCCCUGGAGCUGGUGAAGGAAGCCAUCGACAAGGCUGGCUACACGGAAAAGAUCGUGAUUGGCAUGGAUGUUGCCGCCUCCGAGUUUUAUCGAAAUGGCAAAUAUGACUUGGACUUCAAGUCUCCCGCUGAUCCUUCCCGAUACAUCACUGGGGACCAGCUGGGGGCACUCUACCAGGACUUUGUUCGGAACUAUCCUGUGGUCUCCAUUGAAGACCCAUUUGACCAGGAUGACUGGGCAGCUUGGUCCAAGUUCACAGCUAAUGGUGGCAUCCAGGUAGUGGGCGACGACCUGACUGUGACCAACCCCAAGCGGAUCGAGCGGGCAGUGGAAGAAAAGGCCUGCAACUGUCUGCUGCUCAAGGUCAAUCAGAUCGGCUCAGUCACAGAGGCCAUCCAAGCGUGCAAGCUGGCCCAGGAGAAUGGCUGGGGGGUUAUGGUGAGUCAUCGCUCUGGAGAAACGGAGGACACGUUCAUUGCUGACCUGGUAGUGGGACUGUGCACAGGCCAGAUCAAGACUGGUGCCCCAUGCAGAUCUGAACGUCUGGCGAAGUACAACCAGCUCAUGAGAAUUGAAGAAGAGCUGGGGGAUGAAGCUCGCUUCGCGGGACAUAACUUCCGAAACCCCAGUGUGCUGUGAUCCCUCUGCUUGCCUGGAGACUGGAACCUCCAUCUCAUCCUCCCGGGACCCCCUUCUCGCUGUCCUGACCUGCCAUAGUUCACCCAGAGUCACCCAGAACAAACACCUCAGCUCGCCUGCUCUGGCUGUCCUUGGCUUCCACACCCCUGCUGUCUUUGCUCUUCCUCCUCUCUGGGCCCCAUUUUUGGGGAUUCCAUUCUUCCCGCUUUCCCGUCUAUUCUCUCUUCUCUUAAAAAACUGGAAAUGAGAAUGAAGAUUAGAAGGGGAUCCACAGAAGAGCCAUCAGUGUCUGACAGGAACUUCAGGAUUGGUGUGUUGAGGUGUUUAGAACAGGGCAAUGGGGCCAUGUGGCACGUGGGCUUUACUGUCCUCAAUGUUGUGUAUAAGCUAUGAACUAUGCAUAGAACUGGUGUUUGGGGAGUGCUGGAUGUGAGAUCAUGUUUGGUAAGGCGUGUGUGUGUGUGUGUGUGUGUGUGUGUGUGUGUGUGUGUGUGUGUGUGAUUUAUUUAUUUAUUUAAUUAUUUAAUUAUUGUUCAGCUUGUCAAUCAGUCAGCUCCCCAUAACUAUAGUCUGAAAUUGACGAAUGAGACUUGACAAAAUUGGACAUCCAUAUUUUCAUGUGGCUACAUCCCAAGGUGACCCAGGAUGGGAGAUUUUGCUAGCAUGGGAAGGGUAACAGAAAAGGGCCUUAGCAAUUGUUUCAUUUAGUGCACUGACUGAAGCCUGGUACUUCACAGAACGGCGCUGUGUGCCUGUGGGGCUUCUCUCCCACGGCGCUCUCCCCAGCCCUAGGUUCCCCAGUUCUCCAGCUUCACCAGAACACUGCCUCACUCCCCCAUGCCAUGUUCCACAGUCGCCACCGACUCUGGGGCUUUGAAAUGAGCACCACUAUUAAAGUCUGAAUCACAAUGCA